AUGAGCCACCCAUUGGCACUGAGCGCAGAUCUAGCGACGCCCACCACGUCCAAAGAUGCUUCGACAGCUGAUGCAUCAGCCUCAGAAUCGACGUCGAACGCUCAACCGGCUGAUUCUUGGACUCGGCCGGGCUAUUUCGAUCUUCAGAAGCUGGCUCAAAGAGCAGAUGAGAUGGAGAGGCAAUCGCACGCGUCGAGCUCCCAACUCACUGAUCGGCUCAGACUGUCCCCAAGCGCGCAUCCCUACGCCCACUCAACGAAAGCCGACAGCUCGGUCGGUGACGCCGAGUCCGGCUACAGCAGCGAUGACACAAUCGACGAGAAUGACAGGCUCCGCGUCAGUCCUGUACCUUCUAGGGCUCCCUCCAGACUUGGCAACCUGGCCGUCGGCACUCGGACUCGACCUCCAUCUCGCAGCGCUGCUCGGUCGCCGGUACCACCAUCUGUGGCGCGAGAGCCGACCAAGGCUAUGUCUAUUGCCCCCUCAGAGAGCGACAACGAUGGAGAAGGAGUGGCGGAGCGGCAAUCGCGCAGGCAUUACCUCUCUUCUCUCCACCAGCUCUCAGACGUCGAGCUCGAGCGGAUCGCCACUUUUGGUUCUGCCACCCAGCCUGCCCAUGGUGCCCGAACCGACUCUGCGUCGCUCGCACAAGGCACCGCUACCGAAGCCGGGCUGACCUCGGGCGUAGGUGCUCACACAGACUCCAUUCUUGCGACACGCACCAGCCUGAUACGGGAACUUAGCAUCGCUCUCAAGGUCGCGAUAGACGAGGGAUCACUACAUCGUGAGGCACUGGAAGGCAUGCAGAAGAAGCACGUCAUUGCGAUCGGUGCACAGCGGCGACGCUAUGAUGCGCGAGAGACGGCUUUGAAGGACAUUCUACGAGGAGCAGGUGUCUCGCAACUGCGCGUGGAGCGCGCUUUGAUGCACGCGACAAGUCAGUCCGAAAUUCCUACAUUUAAGGCCGACGAGCGCAAAGAGGGCAAUAGCGCCGCUGACGCGACGCAGACACACAACGGCCAGCGUUCGAGCAUCAAAGAGGAGCUGACGAGCCUUGGAGACGAGGGCUUGCCAGAGUCGCUUAGGGAAGCGAUGCUGGAAAAUCUUGCUGCAGAAGGGGGCGAUGAAUUGUCCAGAGAUCACUUGAAGGUGCAUGAUCAGAGCACUGUACGAGCGCGUCGCUCGCUCCUCAGCAGCACUGGCGACGGCGAAUCGGCGGUCUCAGCUCGAGACGACGCCUCGGAUGCGGUUGUGCUACCAGACGCUCGCGCAGACGCAACAGCCUCGAGCCAAGGCGCACGACAGCAAGGAGAUUUGCGGUCGACCCAGGAGAUCCUCGACAAAGGAUCCGACAAGUCGCCGCGUCGAUCUUCAAGAGCGCCUUCGGUCUCUUCGACAAAGUCCUCGGCUUCAAAGCAAAGUGUCGCCCCUUCGAGCUUUGCGUGGGGUCUGUGGGGAACCAGCUCCGUUUCGCACACAAAAGCUGCACCUAGCGUGCACGCUGUCAGUCCAGCAGACGUUGAAGCGGACGGCUACUUGUCUGACGGCGCGCAGCCUGCAGGAAGCCGUGGGGUUCUGCAUUCCUCUCCCAAAGAUCCGCGGACAGCACACGCUAGGUCUGCCUCUGUCUCGGCCUCGUCCCUAAAUACUCCAAGCUCCCCGAGAGCACCGAGCAGCUCCAGCACUUCGUCCGACAAGACGGGCACAGGCAGCAACAGGGUGCUGAGCGGCUUGUCUAUGAUGGGCAGCAUCGCGUGGCGCCGUAAACCCAAGCCGUCCCCUAGGCCCACCCUCUCAGAAUCUAUCGCUUCUCGAGGGGCGGCAGGCUUGAUUGAGGGAGAAGAGAUUGCAAACAAAGCCGACGACACCGCAGCGGCACUCUCGGUCGGCGAAGGCACAGCAAAUGCGGCUUCUGAAUCGCUAGGAGGGUCAUCUACCCUUGCCAUCCCCACGGCCAAGCUCGAUGACGAGGUCGCACAGAGUCGUCCCACCGAAGACGACAGAGUCUCGGUCUCUGACGCUCUGCAAGAAGCUUUGAGUGCGGAUACUGCGGCACCUAAAGCCAAGAGUGACACCGUGCCCGCCAGCAGAGAUUUAGGGGCUGGUCACGACAAGAGCAGCCCAGCAGAAGAGAGAGCGUCAGUAUCGAGCGCCGCUAGCGACGCGAGUGGAAGCUUGAAAGCGUCAAGGAAUGUAGAAGCCCGUGCUGCACCCCCUUCUGCCUCCGGGUCUUCUGGCAGCACCAGCGCUGCACGACUGGGUCAGACGCUGGGGCGAAAUGAAAAGCGACGACGCGAUGGGGCUGUGCCUCGAACGCCAUCACAUGCAUCGAACCCUAAUUCGGUGCAGCCGAAUGUGACUCGAGUUCCUGGCAUGUUCUCGUUCGGCAGGAGCACUGUAGAUUCGGGCAAGAGUCCCAUGAAGGACACAAGAGCUGCGCGUCAAGACAGUCGAGGCGAUGAUGCCACUCCGGAACCGAGUGCAGCAGCACCAGCACCCUCAGUCGAGCUAGAACCCAUCAUUGCCAAUGACAGCAAGCCGCCAUCUCUGGCCAUCUUUGCCAAGCGAGGCGGCAAGCUCGUAACUCAGCGCAUUACGCCAGGUCGGCAAGCCGAGUCUUCGCGCGCAAAGGCACUGAGUCGUCUGGAAGAGGAGAGCGGCUCGAGCGAAAGCUCCGGUGAUGAGUUUGAAGUGUAUGGCGGCAAGGGAUUGGUCAUGAUGGCCCCGCCCGAGCCUAUCAAUGCUCGCGAGCAAGAUGCGACGGAGCUGCUCACUGAUCGCUACGGUUUCGUGUACGACGCAACGUCGGCAGAUGUGCGCCUCUUGCGUCAAGCGAGGCGCGCUGCUACCCCUGCGCCAGCUUGUCUCACUGGCAUUCGGGUGGGAGUGCGCGCGAGGGGCGGAUCUGAUAGUCAAAGCGAAGAUGAAAAGGAAGAUGAUGCCGAUCUGUUCACUCCGGAUUCUGAAGAGGAAGCGCAGCCGCCAGACGGGCCGGUCUCUGACGAUGCAGCUACGCGAGCUACAUCGCUGGCGGAGAAGGAGGACUUGUUCGACGGAGCAGAAUCCCACAUUUCCGAGGCAGGAUCCGUCAUCUCCUCUUACUCUCAAAAGGUUGCGGGUAUGCAAGCCGGAGGAAGCAAGACCGGCAGCAACCAAAGCCCGACGACAACCCACUCGAUGCUCUCUGUGGCGCGCGCAAAGCCCAUGACGGAGGCGUCCUCUCUCAGCGUCCCUUCGCAAAAUACCGCUGAAUCAGGCCCGACAAGUCCUUCGGCAGAGCUAGAAUUCCAGUUUGCUUCGCAACCCGCAGCGCCCAAUGCGCUCACCAUCGAAACGCCAAAAGCUGCCAAAGGGCGCCCCGCUUCGACAUCGCAGACUGUCAAGAGGCUUUUGGGUCAGUUGCAGCGAAUGCACGAAGACCAGCAAGCAGAGCAAAAGACGAAAUGGGACGAGUUUCUGGAACAAAGAAGACAGGCUGUGACGUCCCGAACGGGCACUCGCCCGUCCGCGUCGCAGGCUGCGAACGCCAGCGCGGGAGGCGCAGCGCGUCUAGCCGGCGCUGUGCGGAAAAGCGGCGGCCAGAUGUUGGGCUUAAGCGCUUCCGAGCAUGCGACUGGUCUAGCUCAGAUGGAUGAUGUGCCCGAGGAAGCUUGGCAGCAGGGAAUGAUUGGCGUGAAUCGUAUGGGCGAUAGCAAGCUGGGCAAGGAUCACUGGCGCGUCUUUCUGCGCCUCUGCCAGGCUGGCAUUCCUUUGUGCUACCGCGCCAAGGUUUGGACGGAGUGCAGCGGAGCCAUCGAAGCUGCUGAGCCUGGAAAGUAUCAGGAAUUGCUGGCUGAGCAUCAAGGGGAUGCCAAUCAGUGCACAGAACAGAUCGAUCUGGACGUGCAUCGCACCAUGCCGACCAACGUCUAUUUUGGGGGAGAUGGUCCAGGCGUUCCAAAGCUCCGCCGAUUGCUGGUAGCUUACUCGUGGUACAAUCCGACGUGCGGAUAUUGCCAAGGUAAGCACGAUGGCAGGAGGUGGGCUUUAUGAUCACGCUGCUCACGCGCUGCUAUCGCUCCCCAAGGUAUGAAUAAUCUGGCAGCGACGUUGCUGUUGACGCACGCGACGGAGGAAGACGCGUUCUGGGUUCUCGUCAUGAUCAUCGAGGUGAGCUGGGAUGCUGCACUUCGGCGGGGAGCCAUAGCAAUGGUCGCUGAUCUUGCGUUUCGCUACCGCAGCGCAUCUUGCCGAGCGAGUACUACACUUCUCAUCUGCUCGUCUCCCAAGCGGACCAAAGGGUUCUCUUCGAUCUGGUUGGAGAGCUCCUUCCGGACCUGCGCGCACAUCUGGACGAGCUUGGCGUCGAUUUGCCCGCUGUCACUUUCGCCUGGUUCCUAUCGCUGUACACUGAUUGUCUACCUGUCGAGGUGAGUGGGAAGCGUAUUGUACUACAGCGCUCCGAAACUGACGCCGCUCGUCUCUGUGCGUCGUGCGGGAAAUUCGUGACUAGACACUGUUUCGCGUGUGGGACGUGCUCUUUGUUGAGGGCAUGGUCGUACUCUUCCGCGUCGCUAUAGCCAUUCUCGCUCUGAACGAGAAGGAGCUACUGAGCGCCACGUCUGCAUCUGGUAUUUAUAGUCAUAUGCACAGCAUGACCUCCAAGCUUUUCAACGCCGACAAGCUCAUCAGCGUGAGUCCUUUGAAGAGAGAGACACCUUGGGCGGAGCAUUGCGCUUACCCUGCUUCUCCACCGCAACUUAGCUUGCGUGCGAAGAACUCAAGACGGCCAUUCGGUACGCCGACAUCCUCAUUCUUCGCGAGAAACACGUCGCAGAUCUGGAGAGCGAGUUGGGACUUGUUUGA